GCUAUUUCAGCAAAUUUCAUCCUGUCAGACGGCAAACCGGUGUAAAAUAUGUGUGAAAUUUGAAUUAUAUUUCGGGUAGACCAACAUUUAUCGCUUUGUUUGUAUAUUGGCAAAGCCAUUUUGUGGGUUUAAAGAUUGCUGUACAAAUGUCAUUGUCGGUCCGAGAAUGUUUCGCUGUUCCGUCUUUUUGUGCUUUCUCGUGAGUUUAGCGGGGACAGUCAGGAAAACAAACAGAUCGAACGAAGAAAGAUCGAAAGCCGGUCGGUUGAAGAGGUUAUUUGGCGGGGAAUGACUCGCUUUCAUGCAUUCCUUAAUCGGUGCUUGUUGCUUUUCCUACACAUAUUCGUACUUUCGAAUAUCAUUCGUUUUGAACCGUGGUAGCAGCAGAGUAUAGUCUAUCCGCUUCGGUGUUGUGUUUUAAUGUCCGUGUUUACAGUAUCAAUUUUAGCUAAUUCGACGUCCAUCGAUAGAUAUUUACCACUUCAAAUUCGGUGUUAAACAUUUACCGCUAUGCAUACGAGGCGUUUGGUAAAGCGUUCGAUACUGGGGAGCCGGGUGUUUACGCCGAGUCCGACAGGGGACGGGGCUCCGUUGACAGGACUGGUACAGGCUGUCAAGCAGCAGGAAAACAGAGACGUUUCAACCGGACCCCGGCGUAAUGUCUACAUGGUGUUAAUGCAAGACGGAAGCCUGAAAGAAUUCUCAGAGGACGAGAUAGCGGUGGGCUUCAACCAAACGACGGCGAAAGGACCGCUCAGAUCGAGCUUGAAGCAGAGCGUCUGGAACGGCCGUGGGAACGGGGCUCCUCUGCAGAGCCAGACCAUGGAGGCCCAGAAGGGGGAGGCCAACUCCCUGAGCCCAGAGGCGUUGAAGGGGGAGCGGGGAGCAGACGGUAGGAGGACGGGAUGCCCCCUUGAGGGUCCAGAGAGGGACCACACCCGCUCUGUCUCCCUGCUGGAGCAGAAACGCAAGGUGGUGUCAUCCAGCAUCGAUGUGCCCAACGUCAGGAAGUCAGAGGAGGAAGUGGACAUGGAGAAGGUGACAGCUGCCAUGGUUCUGACCAGUCUGUCCAGCAGUCCGCUGGUCAGGAGUCCUCCCGUCAAAGUCAGUGAGUGUCUGAAUGGCUCGUGGAAGGACAGAGGUAGAGGCUUCACCCCCUCCAGUUACAGCAGCAGUGGCUAUUGGAGCUGGAGCGGCCCUAGUGACCAGUCCAACCCGUCCACCCCCUCCCCACCGCUCUCCGCAGACAGCUUCAAGCCUUUCCGUAUGCCCAGCAUCAAAGGCCCGCCCCCCGACGACGCCAUCGACGAACAGGACGGCAGCAGCCUGCUCUUUGACGAGCCAAUCCCACGCAAGCGCAAGAACUCCAUGAAGGUGAUGUUCAAGUGUCUGUGGAAGAACUGUGGGAAGGUUCUGAGCUCGGCUGCUGGGAUACAGAGACACAUCCGGACCGUUCACCUGGGGCGUAACUGUGACUCUGACUGCAGUGACGGUGAGGAGGAUUUCUACUACUCAGAGAUCAAACUCAACACAGACUCAGUGGCUGACGGUCUGAGCAGCCUGUCCCCUGUCUCCCCCUCUGUGCUGUCCCCCGUCCCUCCCUCCAAUGACCGCCACAGACGACCCCCCGCAGAGGGCAGCAACGGGUCCAGUGGGAACAAGGAGAACCACAGCCACGCCCACUCAAACACCACGCCCCUCAGUCGCUCUGCCCCCAGCGCCCUCUACCUCAUCCACACUGACCAUGCCUACCAGGCCACAUCUUCAGUUACCAUCCCCUCCACUGGGUCAGGCUCUGCUGCCUCCACCUCCUUCACCCCCAGCAGCAGCUCCAAUUUCAGCAUCUCCUGGCAGUCACCUCCUGUCACCUUCACUGGCACCGCUGUCUCUCCCACUAACAGUCGGACUCAGAGCUUUGUAGAGCAGCGGCCCCAGACCAUAGCAGUCCUCUCCUCCCCUCCCAGAGCCACUGGCUCACUCAGCCGUAAGUCCCGUGGCGAGGGUAAGAAGUGUCGCAAAGUGUACGGGAUGGAGAACAGGGACAUGUGGUGCACUGCCUGCCGAUGGAAGAAAGCCUGCCAGAGAUUUACUGACUGAUUUACUGACUGAACCAACCAAGUAACCAACCGCUGUGGCUGCAUGCCCUUCGCCAUGGAAAUCAGGGGUGUUCCUUCCUGUUCCCUUCCUAAGCAUGCGUCAACGUCACUCCAUUCCAACCCGACCCCUCCCUAACCCGACUGUCUAUCAGAACCAACAGGAUGGAACCUACAGCUGUCCUGAGUAAAUCUAGCUCCCUCCCACUUCCGACCUCGGAAACAACAACCAACACGCAGCUCCAGCUCUAAAGAUGACGACAACCUCAAAAUAACUCUGCUUUUUAUAUGUUGAGUUUGUUGUCUCUCUUCUUUCUAUGGUUUUGAAAAACUAAAGGCAUCUCUGAUUUUUUUUUUUUUUUAAAGGAACAUUCGUCAGGCCAGAAGGGACCAGAAAACAGGCUUCCUUUGUCUAUAAAAUUAUUCUUUUUUUUUUUCAGAGAAGACUGGCCAUUUUGGAGAAUCAAAAGAGAGGAGGGGAAAGAUCCUUCUUUCCUCAGUCCCUUUCUCUCUGUUUCUAUCCUGUACAGUCCGGAUAUCUACUCCCUCUCUCCUCAGUCGUCACCCCAGGGAAUGGAUCUUGUGUCUGGACUCGGGAGGGGUCGAUAGCACCCCCUGGUGGGGGAAAAUGGAUCAAUUCCAAAACAAAUACAAAUACCCAGUCAGGGUGCUGAACAGACUAACAUUGCCAGCAGCAACAAGCCCCACACCACAACGCCGCAAGCAAUUCAACACACAGCAACACAGGACAACACAGUUUUCUAUCUCAAAUCUGAAAGAAGACAGUGGAUGCUGUAAUCGUGUCAUUCUGAGGAGAAUUCUUUCAUUCUGAAACCAAGGAAUGCUUGUUUUGUUACACAGCACCAGAACUCCACAGCACCAGAACUCCACAGCACCAGAACUCCACAGCACCAGAACUCCACAGCACCAGAACUCCACAGCACCAGCACUCCACAGCACCAGCACUCCACAGCACCAGAACUCCACAGCACCAGAACUCCACAGUCACCUAAAUACACACACACACACACACACACACACACAGUAACCCUUUAUAAUAUCUGGAAGUGUCGUUUAGCAGCUCCAACCUGACAGCUCGCUCUGUGUGUGAGAGAACGUGAGUGAGCUCUUCGGCUUGUCUGGCCCAAUGAUGUAUAUAAACUCUGGAUGACUGACAGGGGGCGCUGUAUUGAAGCCAUCUUGGUAUUCCUCCAUUGUAAAAAUAAAUAAAUGUAAAAAUGUAUUUUUUUUUCAAUCUUAAAGUAUAAUUUUUAGAGUACUAAUGUUACUGUCCUCACUACAACAAAAAAGACUUAAAUACAUGUCAUUUUGUCCUUUUCAUUUAACUGAAAUACUGUAGAAUUCCACUCAUUCCUAUGGAGGACUGAUCUUACUAGAGAGUGGCAAUAUGGCCGACCACUGGCUUCAAAGCCUCUCAUUGGCCAAUACAUGGCACCAGCAAUCCAGGGUUUUUAUGCCCCCCCCCCCCCAUCCUCGCCUCCUUCUGUUAAAAACAGUUUGUUAUGAAAUGACAGGACGGGCAACGUUGAAGCUACAGGAGUCCAGCCACCCUUGAUUCUGUUGUUUUUAACGUUUACCGUUGAUGUUUCGUUUGUUGUUAACGUUCCCUCUCUCUGGUAUCUAAUGGUGAUGCCUUGUUUACCUCACUGUGGUGCUUUUUAACAUUUUUGUUAGCAGGGAACGCAGUGUGGGGGGGGUCUAUUCUGGUCCAAUAAGGUUUCACUAUAAUGCCCUUUUAUAUGUCCAUGCUGUUACACUGUAGUAGAACAUGAAAAUAAAAAACAACUGCCUCAA